AUGAAAGAGUUUGAGAAAAGAAUGGGAGACGGAAGUGACAGAAUCCCACAGUCUGUCUGCAGUGAAGACUGCUUGCCUGGUCACAGGAAAAGAAGCAGGGAAGGACAACCACCUUGCUGCUUUGAUUGUAUCCCAUGCUCCCUUGGUGAAAUUGCAAACAGAUCAGGUUCAAGUGAAUGCAUUAACUGCCCAGAAGAUGAAUGGCCCAGUGAAAGACAUGACAAAUGUAUCCCCAAACUGACUGAAUUCCUCACCUAUGAAGAGCCACUUGGCACAUCUAUCGCUACCACAGCGAUCUUCUUCUCACUCAUUACUGCUUCAGUACUCUGCAUCUUUAUCAAGUAUCGAGACACUCCGAUAGUCAAGGCCAACAACCGUGAACUCAGCUACCUUCUUCUAGUUUCCAUCAUGUUAUGUUUCCUCUCUUCUCUGACAUUUAUUGGCCAGCCAGUAAAGACAACAUGCAUAGUGCGCCAGACAUUUUUUGGUAUAAUAUUUUCACUUUGUGUCUCUUCAGUGCUAGCCAAAACAAUUACUGUAAUCGUUGCCUUCAAUGCAAGAAAGCCAAACAGCAAGUUAAAAGAUUGGGUGGGACAUAAAAUUCCCAGCAGUAUGGUUCUUUUCUGCUCUCUAGUACAAAUUAUGAUCUGCAGUAUUUGGUUAGCAUAUGCCCCACCUUUCCCAGAAAUUAAUACCAGAUCAGUAAACAAAAAGGUCAUACUAGAAUGUAAUGAAGGGCAAACUCUAUUCUUCUAUAGCAUGCUGGGAUAUCUGGGUUUCCUGGCUUCUGUCAGUUUUAUAGUAGCUUACUUUGCAAGGGCACUUCCAGACACCUUUAAUGAGGCCAGAUACAUCACAUUUAGUAUGCUGAUUUUCCUUAGUGUCUGGCUAGCUUUUGUUCCAGCAUAUGUAAGCACACAAGGUAAAUACACAGUAGCCGUUGAGAUAUUUGCUAUUUUAUCUUCUAGUGCAGGAUUGCUAAGCUGUAUAUUUUUUAAUAAAUGUUACAUAAUUUUGCUGAGGCCUGAAAGUAACACCAGAAAUUCAUUAAUUAGAAAGGGUAGAUUAAAUAAGACUCAUAUAAAAUAA